CCGCCUUUGCCAUGGCGACACCGAGUGGCCUGAUCCGGGCUUUGCACCGCGGGACCCUCGGCCAGAAUAUGGUCAUGGAUCGGAUUUUCUCUGGUAUCCAGCCAACUGGGACGCCUCAUCUGGGUAACUACCUUGGAGCCAUUCAGAACUGGGUGAAUCUGCAGGAAGAGUGCAGCUCCGUGCUGUAUAGCAUUAUGGACAUGCACUCUCUCACCAUGCCCAAGGAACCAGCUGUCCUGCGCCAGAACAUACUGGACACCACUGCUGCCAUCCUUGCCUGUGGUAUUGACCCAAAGAAGUGUCUCCUGUUCCGACAGUCGCUGGUUCCUGAGCAUGCAGAACUUGCCUGGAUUCUUGGGUGCUUAACUAAUGUCCCACGUCUGUUACGCUUGCCCCAGUGGAAGAUGAAGCGUGCCAGCCAGAAUAAUGAAGGAACUGUUGGUUUGUUGACUUACCCUGUGCUUCAAGCAGCAGAUAUUUUGCUGUACAAGUCGACACAUGUUCCCGUUGGAGAAGAUCAAGUCCUGCACCUGGAACUAGCCCAAGAUAUAGCACAACAUUUCAACAAGAAAUAUGGAGAAUUCUUUCCUGUGCCCAAAGCCAUUUUAAGUACAACAAAGAAAAUAAAAUCCCUCAGAGAUCCAACAGUGAAGAUGUCCAAGUCAGACCCACAGAAGUUAGCUACUGUUAACAUAGCAGACAGCCCUGAUGAAAUAGUGCUGAAAUUCCGCAAAGCUGUGACUGACUUUACCUCUGAGGUGACCUUUGACCCAGAUGGUCGCCCUGGUGUCUCCAAUCUGGUGUCCAUUCAUGCCGCAGUAACCGGGCUUAGCAUCAAAGAAGUGCUGCACCAAUCUGCUGGUCUCGACACGGCUCGCUACAAAAUGGUAGUAGCAGAGUCAGUUAUUCAAAGAUUUGCACCUAUCAGGAAUGAAAUCAAGAAACUCCAGGAAGACAAAUCCCAUCUGAUGAAGGUUUUAGAAGAUGGAGCAGAGAAAGCCAAAGAACUGGCUGCCCCCAUCUAUCAAGAAAUAAGACGACUGGUGGGAUUUCAGUAAAAACUGCUGAGUAGUUGCAAGGACCUUUGUUUCCUGGGACAGACAUUUUGUUAUUUGUAUCUUCUUAAUCAUUUUGGUUUGAAACAAAACAUUUUUUUUCCUGGAAAGUCUAAAUAGAACAUUGAAGGUGUUUGCAUUAAAAAAUGUGCAUGAAGCCAGAUAUUUCAGUGGGACCAGCACUAAGCUUUUCUGGAUAGUCAAAGAGGGAGGGCGGAAGCAAUCACAAUUCAUGAAGAAAUCACACAAAAGCAGAAUACAAGGUUGCCCAAAUGGGGUUUUGGGUUUCUCCAUUGACAGCUGCAAGAAGCUGAGGUAUAGGCGAGGUGAUCAGAAUCUAGCAGAAAGAUUUGUAAUCUUCUCAAGAACAUCCUUAGCUGUGCAUGUGAUCUUGUUACAGAUGAACAACUCAUCCCAUUGGUAGUUAUUCAGCUUCGAUACGGUGAUUGAAUGUGUUUGUGGAUAACCAGCAUAAAAGCACAGGCUUACGAAUCAAAAUGCUCAGGGUGAUGAAGAGAGAACUUGCUGCUUCUCCGUCUCGCGUCUUCAAACUCAGUGUGAUUUUGUAUCUGAACCUAGUUUGUGUGAAGUGAGUCAGUGUGUCUUACGCAUAUGGUUAUCCGUACUCUAAAACUCACUGUGACUACUGUGCUAGGUGGCCUCUUUGAUAGUCACUCCAAAGAAUCCAAGAGUGGACUUGAAUUUCCCUUCUGCCACCUGUGCCAUCCUGCUGGUCAGGUCUAAGGUACUUCAGUGACAAAAGACAUGUGCUUCAGCUGCUCCUAUUUCACCUGCUGUUCAGUUUAGCAGGGAGCUCCAGGAUUUCCAGUUCAGCAUCAAGUCUAGGAGUCCUUCAGAAAAGGUGCAAAGGAAAAGAUGUAAUC